AGGUUGGCCUCUGGCCUUGCCAACGCCUGGGCCCCUGCCAGAGGGUCAGCCAUGGGCCCAAGACUCUCCCCCUUGGCACAUUGUGAGGGAGACCGCCAGCAUCAUUGUGACCCGCUUACCCCCAGGAGCUUCUGGGGCAGACAGGCAGGUGGGUGGAUACAGUGAGCACAGUGGGCUGGGGGUCUAGGGGCCCCGGUGGCCCACGGGACCCCCAUGGCCAUGGCUGAGCCCCCACGGGCUGACUGGGCCUCACAUGCCAGCUCGAACAACGGCUGUCAGGACCUGGGCAACUCCAUCCUGCUGCUCCUGGGUCUCAUCAUCUGCAUCAACAUUGCCAUCAAUAUGGUGACGCUGCUCUGGCAUAGACUCCGUGACUUCUUACAUCGAGCAUUCCCUAUUGUUCAUGAGAAAGAAGCUCCUACGUCAUCCUCACCUGAGAAGCAGACCCAGCCUCCGAAACAGUCCCCUGCAGUCCACCUUCGAUGCACCAUGGACCCCGUGAAAAUGACCGUGACCCCACCGCCCAUGCGCCGCCGCCGCCACAGGGGCUCUUCAGGGCCCUGCGCCCACUGCCCAGUAGCCUGGGCCCCCGACACCGACGAUGAUGAGGAGAAGCCCCCGCAUUGGCACCCAGCAGUGUGGUCCUACAACUGGGGUCACCCCGAGGACUGGGAAGUCUUCCACUCCACCCCGGGGCUCUGGGCUCCCUGGGCCCGGGAGGCCGUGCAGCCCCUUCCCCACACCAUUCGCUUCCAGCAGACCGGAGAAGGAAAUCCCCUCAAAAGAGAGAUGCGGUCAGAGCUGGGCCUCGAGGCCUACGUGUACCCCGUGAACCCCUGGCCCCCGAGCCCUCAGGCCCCGAGGCAGGACAACUGUGGGGCGGGCGCAGGGGCCAGGGCGCAGGCGGAGCAAGAGCCGUCCGCCCCGGCCCCUCCGGCCCUGCCCCCCGCUCAGGGCCCAGCCACCGUCCCCGACAUCCCCCGGCGCCCCUCUUCGGGCCGCGUGCUGUAUGACGCCCGCGAGGUGCGGCGGCGGCUCCGGGAGCUGACCCGCGAGGUGGAGGCCUUGUCCCACUGCUACCCGCUGAUGUCCAAGCCCAGCAAUGCCGAGGGGACGGGCAAGGACUGGGUGUACCGUUCUCUGCCGGAGAGGUGACCAGGAGAAAAAUAAAAGGCAGAGAGGAG